GAUGCAAUUCGAAAUUCAAUUUCAAUCGUUGCAUAACACUAAAAUUUAUUUAAUUUUUCUUCGAGAGUGUAAUGUCAAGGUCAAACUUUCAUAAAAAACGACACAGAUUACAACAGACUCUAAGAAGCAUGCUGUCAUCAAAGUUUUCAGCGGUUAAAUGUGCUCUUUCGAAGUCAGUCGGUGCCAUGGGCAGCAUGGCGGUGAGAACAAAGUACACUCUGCCUGACCUGCCAUACGACUACAAUGCUCUGGAGCCCUACAUCUCAGCUGACAUUAUGAAACUUCAUCAUAUGAAACAUCACCAAACAUAUGUCAACAAUCUAAAUGUUGCAGAGGAUAAACUUGAGGAGGCAAUCCAGAAAGAGGAUGUAAAUGCCAUCAUCCAGCUGCAAUCAGCCAUUAAAUUUAAUGGAGGAGGUCAUCUGAAUCACAGCAUUUUCUGGGAAACACUCAGUCCAAAGGGAGGAGGAGAACCGGAUGGAGCCCUUAAAGACAUGAUCCUGCAGGAGUUCGGCACAUUUGAUGCCCUGAAAAAAGCAAUGACAGAAGCAUCAGUGGGUGUCCAAGGGUCAGGCUGGGGCUGGCUUGGGUUUGACAAGGCAGCUCACUCUCUCAGAAUAGUCACAUGUGCCAAUCAAGACCCCCUGCAAGCAACUACAGGUGAGAUUCACUCAUUGUGUACAACUACAGGUGAGAUUCACUCAUUGUGUACAACUACAGGUGAGAUUCACUCAUUAUGUACAACUACAGGUGAGAUUCACUCAUUGUGUACAACUACAGGUGAGAUUCACUCAUUGUGUACAACUACAGGUGAGAUUCACUCAUUGUGUGACAGUGUACAACUACAGGUGAGAUUCACUCAUUAUGUACAACUACAGGUGAGAUUCACUCAUUAUGUACAACUACAGGUGAGAUUCACUCAUUGUGUGACAGUGUACAACUACAGGUGAGAUUCACUCAUUGUGUACAACUACAGGUGAGAUUCACUCAUUGUGUACAGUGAUCAAACUUACAUAAUCGAGUAUAUGGAAAAUUUCUUAAUAAGAAAUCCAUUUUUUUUUUUUAAAAUACAUGAGGUUAUGAAUUGCGACACUUCCAAUCUGAUUAAAAUCAGCUCCUCGAUACGCUCCUUUAUUUUUUUUGAUUCAAAAGAAAUAAAGGAGCGGAUCGAGGAGCUGAUUUUAAUCAGAUUGGCGACACUUCAUGCUGUCGGCUCUUCAUGUAAACUAUGCUGGUGUGAAGCGUUGCAGUUCAUACCCCCAUGUAUUUUUAAAAAAAUAAAAUUUGUUACUUAUAUUUACACUCUACUAUUAUUUAAUUUUGAAUUCAUAACAGUUAAAAUAGACAUGCUAUAUUCAUCAAGUAGUUCUUUAUUGAUAUGCUCAUUGUUUACAACUGCAGCGCAUUCAAGAGGAAAUGGCCAUCAUUACAAUUUGUAAAGAUAUCAAAGACAAACAUUGGAAAUGUAAUUAUUUAAGAAAUAAACAACAUUAUUCAGUGAACAUGGCGUUAUGAAUAGCUAUUGCUCUGAUGGCACAUUCCAUGAUACGCAUUAGUGCAUCAUGGAAAACAGGCCAGCAGAGCAAUUGCUGUUUUACAUAGAAAUAUAUAGGGAAAAUCUUUAAAAAAUCUUCUUCUCAAGAACCACUGAGCCAGAAGAGCUGAGAUUUACAUGACAGCUUCCUGACAUGGUGCAGAUUCAAGUUUGUUGAACUCAUAGCCCCCAGGGGUGGGUUGGGGCCACAAUAGGGGAUCAAAGUUUUACAUAGAAAUGUAUAGGGAAAAUCUUCUUCUCAAGAACCACUGAGCCAGAAGAGCUGAGAUUUGCCUGAAAGCUUCCUUACAUAGUGCAGAUUCAAGUUUGUUGAAAUCAUGGCCCUCGGGGGUGGUUUGGGGCCACAAUAGGAUAUCAAAGUUUUAUAUAGAAAUAUAUAGGGAAAAUCUUUAAAAAUCUACUUUUCAAGAACCACUGAACCAGAAGAGCCAAGAUUUACAUGAAAAUUUCCUAACAUAUUGCAGAUUUAAAAUUGUUCAAACCAUGGCCCCCAGAGGUAGGUUUGGGCCACAAUAGGGGAUCAAAGUUUGACUCCACUUUUUUGACACUCUGUUUUCCCCCAAAAUAGCUCUAAAACUUCAUUGUUAUUUCGGAUUUCAAACAUUUCGGUUGAGUAUCACUGAAGAGACAUUAUUUGUCGAAAUGCGCAUCUGGUGCAUCAAAAUUGGUACCAUAUAAGUUUUACAUAGAAAUAUACAGGGAAAAUCUUUAAAAAUCGUCUUCUCAAGAACCACUGAGCCAGAAGAUCUAAGAUUUACCUGAAAGAUUCCUGACAUUGUGCAGAUUUAAAUUUUUUCAAAUCAUGGUUCCCGGGGGUAGGUUGGGGCCACAGUAGGGGAUAAACUUUUACAUGGGAAUGAAUAGAGAAAAUCUUUAAAAAUCUUCUUCUCAAGAACCAAUGGGCUAGAAGAGUUGACAUUUACAUGAAAGCUUCCUAACAUAUUGCAGAUUCAAGUUUGUACAAAUCAUGGCCUCCAGGGGUAGGUUGGGCCACAAUAGGGACUAAGGUAUCACAUGCAAAUAGAUAUUGAAAGGCUUCAGAUAUGGGCCAAGGUGACUCAGGUGAGCGAUGUGGCCCAUGGGCCUCUUGUUAAAAUAUGUGUGUUUGGGUUUAUCUGUGGUAACAUAAAAAUUACAGUAUGGAGUUCAACUCAAUACAAAAGAUAAAGUUGAUGACUGGCAAUAGCCGAUUAAAUUUUGGGAGCCAUCUGUGCAUGAAAAGAGUGCUGCUAGUCAGUUACGCAAGUGGAUGAUAUUGAUAAUGCAUGUUAAUCAAUUGUUAUCUGAUCAGUCCAUGGCUGAGUGACUGCAUCAGUCAGUCCAAGCUUUAGGAGAACCUUGGUGAACUUUUGCCGUCUUUGAAUGUUGAUGUAUAUUUUAAUCUUUAGAAGUAACUGUGUGUUGCAUAUUUGCAAAAAUACACAUGAAUAUGUGAAUCUGUUUGUUUGACUUCAACCCCACAUUAUGUACAUGGUCCAUUUAAUUAUCAUACAAAGCUUUGAUGAAAGUAGACGUGAUUAUACAAAAGGUUUUUAUUUUUUUCAAACAGGUCUCGUCCCCCUCUUUGGAAUUGAUGUUUGGGAACAUGCUUACUAUUUACAAUACAAAAA